CUCCCUCCCUCCCUCCCACCGGGGGCCGCCCUGAGCCGCCGCCGCCCUCACACACAGACCCUCCUCACCACCUGAACGAGUGCCGUGAGGAGGCGGAGGAGGAGAUCGGGCGCCAUGGAGGCCGUCAAAGCCUUCAACAACGAGCUUUACUCAUUAAAUGAGUACAAACCACCUAUCUCCAGAGCUAAAAUGAACCAGGUGACCAAGGCGGCUAUCAAGGCUAUUAAGUUCUACAAACAUGUGGUACAGAGCGUGGAAAAGUUUGUGCAAAAGUGUAAACCUGAAUACAAAGUCCCAGGACUGUAUGUUAUCGACUCAAUUGUGCGUCAGUCUCGUCAUCAGUUUGGUCCAGAAAAGGAUGUCUUUGCUCCCAGAUUUUGCAAGAACAUCAAUUCAACUUUCCAGAACUUAUACAAAUGCCCUGCUGAUGACAAGAGUAAGGUGGUGCGAGUUUUGAACCUGUGGCAGAAGAACAGUGUGUUCAAAAGUGAGGUGAUUCAACCACUGCUGGAUAUGGCAGCAGGGAUUCCACCACCCUCAGUCACGCCUGCUAUUGCCAGUACUGCAGCCACUGUGAGCAGCAACACCCCAGGAACGCCAGCCACUCCUGCUACCCCUGCUAACGUAGUACAGAAUUUGCCUGACUCCUGGGCCUCAAUCUCGCAGAUGUCUAACACAGAUACCAUUGCUGCUGUAGCACAGCUUCUGCAGAGCCCCCAGGGGCAACAGCUCCAGCAGUUGGUUCAAAGUCUUCAGAUGCAGCAACAGAAACCUCAGCCGUCUCUGCUUCAGGCUCUGGAUGCGGGUCUGGUGGUUCAGCUGCAGGCUCUGACAGCUCAGCUCACAGCAGCUGCAACAGCAGCAAAUACACUCAAUCCUUUGGAACAGAGACUUAAUUUUAAUAAGAAACUCCUGGAUAGGUUUGAAUAUGAUGAAGAGCAUGAUCGCUCAGAAGAAGUUAAGAAGGAAACACCUCCAUCGCAGCUACCUCUCGUAACUGAGACCAUGAACACAUCACUUUUUCAACAGUUGGCUGAACAGUUCCAGCAGCAAAACUUUGAGCAGUUUCGUCAGCAGCUGAUGGAGCAACAGCAACAGACACAACAGAAUACAACUCUGGACAAUCAGGAAGUCACAUUUGGCUCUGAAAAGUCAGUGACUCCAUCACAGGGCAGCACUCAACUACUGCUGGAGCAGGAGAUCAAAAUGGAGGAUUCACUUGAGCAACAACAGCAGGAUAUGGAUAUUGAUGCACCUGAUGGUCAGGAAACUAUUGAAGAGGAAAUCUUUGAACAAGAAGAAAAGAAACCGAUUGUGCGCUCCAGGUCUAGAACACGUUCACAGUCUCGUUCAAGAUCACCAAGGAAGAAAAGGUCUCGAUCUAGGUCAGGUUCUCGCAAACGAAAGCAUCGAAAACGCUCCCGCUCCAGGUCAAAAGAGAGAAAAAGAAAGUCAUCUCGUUCGUACUCGAGUGAAAGAAGAGCAAAGGAGCGUCAGAGAAAGGGUCUGCCUCCGGUCCGGUCUAAAACACUUAGCGUAUGUAGUACUACACUGUGGGUUGGCCAGGUAGACAAAAAGGCUACGCAACAAGACAUAACAAAUCUCUUUGAGGAAUUCGGCCAGAUUGAAUCAAUUAAUAUGAUACCUCCUCGUGGAUGUGCAUAUGUUUCCAUGGUUCAUCGACAAGAUGCUCAUAAUACUCUUCAGGAAUUAAGCACUGGAUCAUUUAAAAUGGGGUCCAAAAUUAUUAAGAUUGCUUGGGCUUUGAACAAAGGUGUGAAACCUGAGUAUAAGCAGUUCUGGGAUGUCGACCUUGGUGUCACAUAUAUUCCAUGGGAAAAAGUAAAAUUAGAUGAUUUGGUAGGAUUCUCAGAAGGAGGAAUGAUCGACCAAGAAACUGUGAAUAGUGAGUGGAAAUCUAGGAAAUCCACGUCUGCAAAUGAAAAUGUGCCCCAAACUUCAGCUACUGAUGGUAAUACUCAGCCAACAUCCCAAGCUGAGGCAUUCACUCAGCCUGUUACUAUGCUGCCUGUCCAGAUUCCAGUGGUUCCAACGGUUUCAGGUGUUGGUAUAGUCCAGCCACCAACCUUUCCUCUGUCGAUGUCUAUACCUCCACCAGGCUUCAACCCCGCUAUUCCACCACCUCCAUUCUUACGGCCUGGUUUUAACCCUUCACAACCUCCUCCAGGAUAUCUGCCACCACCAGUUGUUCCACUUCCAGCUGUUGUUCCUUCUAUACCAGCAGUACAGAGUUCUCUAGGUCACCCGUCCCUCUCCACCACCCAAGAUGGUGCAAAGGAUUCUCCUUUCGGGAACCUGCUUUCUCACAUAGGCUCUGGACCCAGUAGCCUUACGAGUCCCGUUAUUCAACCAGGGAGCAUGUUUAAUCAAGUUGGCUCCCAGGCUCCCCCAGCUGGUCUUGUCGGAUCAAAUGAUCUGGGAGCUUCACGUACAGUCAACCAGACUUCUUCAUCUGAAACUGUGUCUACAACUGGACCAGGAAAUCAAAGUGCAGCAUCAAGUGGACCUGCCCUGGGGAUGCAGCCAUCAACACCUGGACAAGGACCUCAGAGUUUGCCUCCACCAAAUAUGCCUGGACCGAGGAUGCCUGGUGGGCUUCCACUGGAUAUGCGCUCAGGAAUGAUGCCACCCUCACCUGGGCAGCGGUUCCCAUUGUUGAUGCCUCCUCAGCCAAACAUGCCUCCAUCAUUAGCAAUUGAUGGAGCUCUUCAGUCAGGGCCCAGAGGUUCCUUUCUCCCAGGAAGCCCUUUCAGUCGGCCUGAAGGAGCCUUUGUGAGAUCUGGAGUACCCAGUGUUGACAGCGGUACAAACACAAACCAAGCUCCAGGGGACGAAAGGCGAUCUGCUGGAAACGAGAGCAGUAACUUUCAGAGAGACAGUAUGCAACAAGAAGGUGACCGGGAUUAUCGCUUUCCGCCUGUUGAAGGUAGGGAUGGUGUUGGAAGACGGGAUCAAUUUGGCUACGGUCACGACCAUCGAUGGGGCUCAAGAGAUUUUGAUGAGCGAGAGCGCCGGGGCAUGCCAUUUGGGGGCCCCAAAGUUUUUCAUGACGAUCAUGAUCGGUACGGUGGAAGAAAUUUCCGAUUUGACGGAAGAAGUGGUCCUAUGUGGAACCGAGGCUUUGACCAGGAGGCACAUAGAGAUUUUGAUGACCGGAGCCGGCCUUGGGAACGGCAGAGGGAUCGCGACGACCGGGACUUCGCCUUCCGCCGAGACGUGAACGGCAGCCGCUUUGGGAGAGACAGAGAGCAAGACCAUUGGGUUCCUCCUCGCCAAAGGUUUGACUAUUUUCAGGGGACCACUGAACACCAAAAGCCUGACGAUAGGCCUCGGGUAAACGGUGAUUUCUCAGAAACAGACAGCCAGCCACCAAACGAGGAGAUUGAAAAUAAUGUCCCAGAACUGCCCGCGAAGCUGGACUCUCCCACAGAUGAAAGCCAGGAGAAGAACGAUUUGGAGAAUCCACCUGUGACAGAAAACAAAGAUAACGAGGAGACAUAAUUGUCACACGGUCUAAUUUUAUUCUGUGUCGCUGGUCAUCUCUGCAACGGAGCGGACAAAAUGGUUGACUGGAACUUGGGAAGUCACUGUUGUCUGCAGGACAGAAUUUAAUCCGAUGUACGUCUUUCACUCUAAUAACUGAAGUUAAUGUGUACAACUGACCUGUACAGACUGUUGUUCUUUAGUUGAACACGGUAGGUAACAACAUUUUUUUUCCAUGCUUUAGAGGCCAGAUUUCCCACAUUUCUUUUAAUUUGAGAAAGAUUAUAACAGCUUGCCAAAAAAACAAAACAAAAAAAAAUUAAAAAUUGACCUUCCUAUGGAAGAAAGGUAAACUUGUAGCUGUUACAGCUGAGAUGGAAUACGAGCGGUUAUAGUAUACUUGAAAAACUAGUGGGCCCUAGCCUGCAUUUUUCCAUCCUCUGAAGCUGCUACUGUAUUUAAAUUUAAUGCUUUUAUGAGAACCAGUUAUUGUUUUGUGUUUUAUCCUGUUAACAUCAAGCGCCUAGCCCAUUCACAGUGAGCAGUGCAGUACUGAGGGGUAGAAAAAAAAUUGUAAUACUUUGUUUUGUAAAAAAAAAAGAUUUUAAAAGCCUCUUACAGUCUGGUCUCUGUUAAUCCCCAGAAUAAAUGUUUGUGAUUUGUUCCUAGUACUGCAGUGAGUAAUGGCUGAAAAAAAAAUCAUUUGAAUGUUGGGUGCAUUCUGUUUUUAGAUGCUAAUAAAAUGUUUGUUUGAUAAUGUC